AUGUCGCCGGGUCGGAUAUGGGGGGAAAUCAAGCGCAAAACCGAGCACGCCGGCAAAGGCAUCGCCUCCCGUUUAGGGCACAACUUUCGUAGUCACUCGGCUAGUCACUCGGGUAGUCGCAGCGCUCGCCGCGCGCCGGCCGACGACUCCGCGAGCGACGGCAGAGAUCCGCUCGGAGAAGACGACGACUGCCUGGCCAUGAGCCCCGACCGUUUUGCGAACCCGAACCGCAGGAGCGUCUCAGGUUCCGUGGAUUCCGGGGUUCGGCCGCCUACGGUCCGACACUCGUUCUCCGGACCUAUCUCCGGCGAUAAGGACGACGUCGCUGCGCCACGUGUCGCGGAACCGACUAUCGCGGAACGAGAACCGCUGGGGGGUCUGGGGCUGCCUUAUAACGAGUCUCUUGAGAAGAGCAAGGAGGGGAUAGUCGAUGAGCGCACAGACGCGGGUAGCGCUGCAGCGGAUGGAAGGAUAAAGGGUGGAGCAGCGGACGAGGUCCAGGGAGAGGGAGAGGGAGAGGAGAGAGGAUUAGCGGUAGGAGCAGGGGGAGAGGCGAAGGGAGAGUGGGGAGGGUGGGAGAUGUCUGAGGAGCGGUUGGGAUGGUGCGAGGAGGCGUUGAAGCAGCUGAAGAAACGGAUACGCGAGCUUGACGCUGUAUCGAAUGUGACUGGGAAGCAAAGAUUCGUGGAGGAGUUCGAAGGGCUGCGGGCGCAGGCGAGAGCCUCGGGGGAGAGCAGGCAGGAAGCGACCUCGGCGAUGCUGCCAGUCAACCGCCCCAAGAACCGCUACAUUGACGUGCUCCCUUAUGAAAACAGCCGGGUCCUUUUGGGGGGCCAGAGCGGAACACAAUCGGACGGCUCAGAUUACAUCAACGCGUCGCAUAUAGUCACGAACCCGUCGGAGGCACACAUGCCACAGUACAUAGCGGCCCAGGGCCCUCUGGACGACACUGCAGCAGCCUUCUGGCACAUGGUGUGGGAGCAGCGCGCCGCUGCUGUCAUCAUGCUCACACGGGAGGUGGAGGGGUCAAGGAUCAAGUGUGCGCACUACUUCCCGUCCAAGGCGGGUGCAAGCGAGGCGUACGGGCACAUGCGCGUGAGCAACGAGGGGACAGUGGAGAUGAGUGAUGGCGGCACACUGCAGCGCCAACUCACCGUCACCAACGAGUCGACACCAGGCGCGCCCCUCUCGCUGCUGCAUCUGCACUACCUAGACUGGCCCGACCACGGGGUGCCCAGAAGCACGGAGUCCAUUCGGGAUCUCAUCCGCUCCCUCAGAGACUCGCCCUCAUCCAGUGGACCGUUCGUCAUCCACUGCAGUGCGGGCAUCGGGCGCACAGGAGCCUACUGUGUGGUGGACCAUGCAGUGCGGCGUGUGCUGCAGGGGGACCUCUCAGCUCUCAACAUGGCUGCAACGGUGCUGCUGCUGCGGCAGCAGCGGGCCGGCAUGGUGCAGACCAAGGAGCAGUAUCGCUUCUGCUACACCGCAGUGCGCGAUGAACUCAAGCAUCUCAUCAAGACCUUCAACACGGGCCCUGACUCUGACGACUCCUGA